GGCAAGGGCGUCGUCACCUCAUGAUAUAAUUUAUUCUUGCGCUUGCCCUCUAUCCCUCCCUGUUCAUUCCUUCUAUCUGCCUUCCAGUUCUUCGGUCUCCAAAUCAUCUUCUCCUGCCAUUCCUCCCAAUAAAGCACUGUUCAGCUUUGACGCCUUCAGCUUCUCAUCCCACUACGCAUCGACCAGCCCUAUCCAAGUAUACACUGUAUUGUUACCUAGUGACUGGGACGAGUCAAUGAACCAGAAUGAGAACAGUGAACCCCAAGUCACCGACACGGGGUUCGAACUCCCCGAGGUGGCCGACCCCGCUCCCUACACAGAGACCAUGCGAAAGAGGAUCGGCGGCAUCGGGGUCAAGUUGAAAAGAGGCGACGAAGUGAGUCCCGACGCGAUGCGGGACCUGGUCCUCUUCCUGAACUGGUCCGAGACCCAGCAGCCGCACCAAGUGGCCCACGCCGAACAGAAGCGGGUGGCCAACAUCCUCCAGUUCAUCCACGACCACUCCGGCGCAGACCCGCAGGCCUCUUUUACGACGGGGAUGAAGAACCGAGCGGGGCGGCUCUACGAAGAGUGGAACCGUCACCUCCCGACGGCGGCGGGGGAAGCCGCAGAACCCGCGACGUACGGCAAUACGGCGGCAGCACCUCCUCGCCGUGCCAGGCCGUCCACUGCACCGAGAGUGGGGGGUCUCAUGUUUCCCCCUCGCGACGACCCCAUCUUCGGCGACCACGGCAUCAUGCACGGCGUGAUCUACAAGCGCGGCUCGCCCCGAACCUGGUGCCUCGACCCCCGGCUGCAGCGCGAAAAACGCAGCGCCCAAGUCGCCGGCCACAACGGCCUCUCGGCGGGCGACUGGUGGCCCAUGCAGAUCGUCGCCCUGUUCAACGGCGCCCACGGCAUGUCCCAGGGCGGUAUCUCCGGCCACCACGAGUACGGCGCCUACUCGGUGGUCGUCUCGGGCUACUACGCGGAUCUCGACCGGGAUCUGGGCGACACCAUCUUCUAUUCCGGCCCGGGGAGCCAUAAUCACCGGAACCCCAACACGCCGCCCUCCGGCACCGCGCUCUUGGAGACGUCCCUGGCGGAUGGGGGUCCGAUCCGGGUUCUGCGGUCGGCGUCGAGUGGGGGCGGUGAGAGCCCCUGGGCGCCUCCGGUCGGGAUCAGGUACGACGGUCUCUAUCAGAUUGCGGCGGUCAGGACGCGGCAUAAUCGGCAUGGGGGUAUCUACAAACAGUUUGAGCUGCGUCGGUUGCCGGGCCAGGAGAGUUUGGAGAGUUUGAAGAGCCGAUCUCCCACCACGCUGCAGAAGCGGCAGUUCAAGGCCAUCAAGCUUGCGUACUAGGGAUGUUCAAAAGCGCGAGUCUGCGUUGGUUGGUUUAGGUCAUUUGCAUAGCGACGGGGUUGUGGCAUAUUGCCAGCCCGGGGUUUAGGGCUAGGUAAUUGAUUCUCUUGCCUGUGCUGUUUGCAUUAAGUCUGCCUCGUCUCCUCGGUCCUACACAUCCUUAUACUCGUGCUUGCCAACCCUUUCACACAGCUCUUUCAAAACACGUCCAGCCCAUGCAAAGUCCUCCGUAUCGAGAUAGACCUGGGCGCUGAGCCGGACAUACCACUUCCCCGCAUGGCAGCAGAUGGGAAUAAAA